UCUCCUCCAAUCCAGACAAAAGACGGCUGCAGAUCCGCGGCGGCGCGCACUGAGCCUGAGCAUCUGGAGCACGGCGGGACUUGUCCGAAACGCAGCAACGCACAGCAGACACGCCGACGGGACGAGCGAGCACGCCCUCCAGAUCCACCUGAAAACCUCCGGGCCGGCUAAUUGACCUUGGUGAAGGACGCAGAAAGGGAGAGUGAACCCCGAUUUACCCGAAUAAAGGCACAACCGCGCGUUCCCAUGAUGUCAUACCUGUGGAUUCUGCUAUUAGGGAGCCUGCUGGCCUCACACACCGCAGCGCAAGAUGAUCCAAAAAAAGAGGAGACAGAUGCUCAAGAGACAGACGAGCCGGUUGAAGCACAAGCUGAUGACGCAACAGUCACAGAAGCGCCUGAAACAGAAAGUGAACCUGAGACAGCCGAUGACCCUCAACCUACGGCUGAACCUGACCUAGCACCAGAACCUGAGGCGGAGGCCGACCCUGUGCCGACAGCCGAGCCUCAACCAGCAGAAGACCCUGUGCCAACAACAAAACCUGAACCCGCCGCAGACCCUGUGCCACCGACUGACCCUCAGCCUGAGCCAGAGGCUACACCUGAGCCAGAGGACGCCGCCGACCCAGCAGUGGAACCUGAAGAAGCGGUCACGACUGCAGCACCUGCAGAACUCCCCGCUGACGCAGUGGAGGAAGACGCAGCCGGGGUAACUACUGCAGAACCCACACCAGAGGUAGCUACCGAAGAAAACUCAGGAGCAGUUCCUUCUGCUGCUGAUGAAACUCCAGCUCCUGCUGUCGAUCCGAAUCCUGUAACUACCGCCGUGCCAGAAACAGAGGCACCGACCACACCACAAGUUAAUGACCCAGAUGCUGAUGUUAAAGAGCCUGAGCAGACAAAAACAGCUGCACCUGAGGGAAAUGAACCAAGCACCGUACCCCCAGCUGUUGCAACUACGACUGUAGAAGAGAAGAAAGAAGAGAUGUUCGGGAAAGCUGGAAGGAUCAUCGAAACUAUUGUUGAUAGAGUUAAGGAGGCCGUUGCACCAAACGACAAUACAGCCCCUGAGGUUGGCGCCACAGGAGAGCAAGAAGGCCAGAACAAAAAGGGAGGCUCUAAACCCCUAGCAGGGAUCCUGUCUGCUAUCAUUGUGUCUGCGGUGGGAGCAGUCACUGGGUACUUCGCCUAUCAGAAGAAGAAAUUGUGCUUCAAAAAAGCUCAAGAAGCAGACCCAGAGGCUGGAGUCAAAGUAGAGAAAGUAGACGCAGCAGAGGCUAAGUCCGAUCCCCAGGAAUCCAACACCCUACUGAACUCCUCCCAGCCAUGAUCAUCUGACUAGUCUGGACCAACUUCAGUCAAGCAGAGGCAAUCUCACUGUUAGGCUCAGCCCCCGAAGAGCUAAAUUACUGUGAGGCCCCAGAGCAGGCCUGUGUGUUUCUGACUGUGUAAGUGUGUGUUGGUCUUUUUGAGCUCGUAUGUGUGCGUGUUUCUUUGUUCUUGUGCGGAGCAAAGGAGUUAGAUAAAGAUCUAGUGGUUUCUGAUCGUUUCAACAUGGGAAUUUAUUAAAAUGAUCAAUCAAAAUCCAAUUUUUUUUUUUUUUUUUUUAUUGUUGCCAAGUUGCAGUCAAACAGAUUGAAUCUCGUUUCAAUUGUAAUGAUAAAAUGGCCCGACUCUGUAACGUUAUUCUUUUAUUUGAGUUGGCUACUAUCUUGUUGUAGUAAUUGAGUAUAAAUCAAAACCAGUAAAGGAGAAGCGAUAUUGUAAGUGUUGAACUAGUACUUUUUUUUUUUUUGCAUUUAAUGAGCCAAACGUAUGAAUAUGAAAGUAAACAAAUGUCCUAAACAAAGAAAAAAAAAUAUUUUUAAUAACAUAAGUUAUCUGUUGUACAAGUGUAGAGUAGGAGGACAAGAAAUGGCAUGAAUAACUAGCACGGUACUUUGUGGAUUUUGACAUAGGAGAAGUGUUAGAAGAUUUUAAUCCUAGUUUUCAGGGGAUGCCCUGACUUAGAUCAUUAUGUGCUUUGAAUAACAAAGACAUCACUGUAUUACUGUGUUUUGUUUUGCUUUGUGUCACCCUGGCGAAGGGACUCAGACGUAAAUCCUGUUAAGUGGAGCCUUCCCCAGUCAGCUGGAUAAAUCAUGUGUCAAGGAAAUUUCUUGUUGACCUUUGAGAUAAAACAAUCAGAUACAGGCCCCUCGGUUGCCAAGGGCCCUUUGACAUUUUUUUUUUGUCACAAAACAACCACAAAUUUCAACGUGUUUUGUUGAGAUUUUAUUUGAUAGACUCACACAAAGUGUAGCAUAAUUGUGAAGUGAAAGUGCAUUUUUCCAAUAUAGGGCAAGCCCUGAGGUUGGAUAGAGAACAUCAAUUUUAGAGUCUCUAUUAGAUUUGGAUCUGGGCCAUCCCAUAGCAUGAUUACGCUUUGAUCUAAGCUACUCAAUUCUAAUUCCGGUUGGAUGUUUAUGGUCGUUGUCCUGCCAGAAGGUGAGCCUCCAUUCAAGUCUCAAGUCUUUCGCAGCAUCUAAUGGGUUUUCCUCCAGCAUUGCCCUGAAUUCAGCGAAAGCUGUCUUCCCAUCAAGUCUGACCCGCCUCCAUGCCUCUGCCCAGGGAGGAACAUGUCACAGAACGGUGUUGUCACCAUCAUGAUUCAAGCUCGGGAUGGUAUGUUCAGGGCGGUGGUUUUAAUAUCAUAUAUAGAAAUUUACCUUUAGGCCAAAAUGGUCGCCCGUGGUCUCAUUUGACCAGAGCGCCAUCUCUUCUCUCCUCUAUAUAACAUUUGGCAAACCGUUACAUUUAAGCAAGAAAAAUGCCUGAGUCAGUACUUUUUUUUUUUUUGGAUGAUGGAUUGAACAUAGUACUUUUUUAAAGUUUUGGAUGUUGUUGUUUUUUUACCCUAACCUUGCUUCAAGCUUCUCCACAAGUUUAUUGCGGACCUCUCUGCUACAUUAAGUUACACACAGCUGGACUUCACACAUGCAAAACGUGCAGCUUAUAACUUUUUUUUUUCAAUGACACGUUUAAAAACAUGCAUAAUUUUUUCUUACUUGGUGUUUAUCUAUUACAUAAAAUUCCAAUAAAACGUUGGUUGUACUGUGACAAAAUGUGAAAUGGUUCAAGGCUCAUUACCAGUUCCAGAAAUACUGAAGACAUGCGCAUUCAUUACCUAGACACUUUUUUUUUUCCAAAGUUUCAUUUUCCAGGUUUAAUCCAAUAGACAAAGAAAGGAAAAAAAAGAUGUUAUGUAACUAAUUUGCAUUGUUUUUUAUUUUAUUUUUAUAAUUUUUUUGUUGUUGUUUUGUAGAAUGUGUAGUUUUGAUGCAGUGAUUUCUUUGUUGUAGUGCCUUUCACUGUCAAGGCCUGGCUUGGUCAAUUUAAAGGCACACAGAGGAGACAUAUGGAACUUUAAUUUAAAAAAAAACAAGCAAAUCAGAUGAAACAACAACAAAAAAAGGGACGCGCUUGUAUGCUGCUCAAACUUUCAACAAAACAAAUUCACAUUUAAAGUACUGUACAGAGGUGGUCAUAGCAGCAGCUGAAUACCAUGUUUGAUUUUUUUUUUUUUUCCACCAACAAUUUCACCAGCCUGAUCUGAUAUCCUGUGCAAAGCUCUCCUCGGUGUGUGUCUUUUCAUUCGGACAAGCCAGUUGUUGCCAGUGUUCUUGUAUGAUUCACAUAUAGACACCACUCACCUGUGACCUUUUUAUGGAUUUCUACCAUUUUAGCAGUAGUGCCUCUGAGCCGACACUAUUUUGUUUGAGUCAACUAGUUUUCUGUGGUAUUUUGUGAUUAUUGUGAAAUGCCUCAGAAGAAGCCUCUCUACUGCCUUUUUUUUUUCCUCUGUCUUUUGCUACUGUAGCACAAAUUAACUUCUGAAUGUCUUUCUUUUGCCUGAAGUUUUUGUACUUUCUGUACUUCUUUGAAACGAAGUAAUGUGGUUAUACUGGUCGUAUAGUCCCGGAGUUCCUGAGGUGUGUUAGCUGUAAAACACUAUAUAGUUGCAAUACAGGACAGAGACUGUUGCUAACAGCCUAGCCUUGAGCUGAGAAAUAGUCUGUGAUGUCAUAUGAAUUGUUUUUAUGAACUGUGGGCUGAACGCGAGGUCAAAGCUCUGCUAACUGCCAUUGUAUCCUGUAACCUGUGAUAGACAAUAGACAGAUUUAUCUCGAAAUGUUAAAGCAAGCAGAUAAUAUGUCUGGCACAGAGUGAAAAUGCACAAAUUACCCGUUGUAUAACACUACAAGCUUUCUGCGAUAGCCAUUGAUGCCUUCAAAAAAAAAAAGAGAAAUCUUCCUUUAAGUGCAGCACUCCCCCCUCCUUCUGUGCACAUCCCACUGGGUGCUUUAAUAUUCAGCAAAAGCACUCUGAUGUCCUGCAGUGCAAAUUCAGACUCCUUUAAUACAAGAGAGAAUUCGUCCGUGCUAAUCUACUUUACUUUUCUCCCCUAAGAAGUCCCAAGAAACACAGAAUAUCGGAUUACAGCAUCCAAACCAGAAUGUAAACCUUUGGGUCCUGAAGUGCACUUUCCAGAUCAUGCAAGAGGGCAUCAAACAUGACGCUAGCCAGUGCUGCCUUAUCAUUUAUAUUAUCUUGAAUAUUCCUGAGGAGGGGAAACAAAGUACAGUGUCAAGGUCAACAGAGAGAUGAGCAGAGAUUUUUUUUUUUCCUGUUUUGUAAGAACAUUCUCAAUUGGAGAAGCACUUUCCUAUCCUGUAUACACAUUGAUAAGUGUAAAGCUUUUCCUGUUAAUUUAAUAUUCCAUGUUGAUAUGUCGUGUAGGAACCGUCUUCUUCAAUGUCAUGCGGCACUUGUGCUCUACUGGAGUUGUGUAAAUAAUGUUUGAGAAGUAGAUUAAACACUUUCCGUGGGAA